AUGUCCCACGAAGAGGACGCGCUCAGCGCGCUCCAGCUAUUAGCAGCAAUGUACCCGCUCGACGGUGAGCUCGUUCUGGGCGAUUCCGCGGCGGCAGCUCUCGCCGCCUGCGAAGCCGGGGACGAGCCUGUUCUUUCGUCUCCGCUCGAGCUUGUGGUCCGCAUACCGAUCGACGAUGACGCUGGGCCGGAUGUCACCCGACGAGUCGAGCUUACAGUAUCGCUUUUGCUGGACGCUCCUGUCAAGAUCUCUGUGCGACAACCGCCGUUCCUCUCCCGAGGGGCAUACGCCGACCUCGCAGCUGCCCUUCCCAUCGCCCCCGAACACGAGAGUGCCAGCGAUACAGUCAUGACGGCGAUCGAGACCGUGCGAGCUACUGCUUCCACACUGGCUGUGACGGAAGAGCCAGCUGAUCCCGUUCCCGACGUAGUGGUAGACGACGGCGCACUCGAAAGGGUGUGGUUUUGGUUCCCGUCCCUGUCAACACGAGAGAAGCGACGCGACCUUGUCGAGUAUGCUGCAACCUACCGACUAACCGGGUUUGUCCUGGCGGGAAAGCCAGGAUUACUGUGCCUCGAAGGUGGUGGAAAGGCUGUUGAUCGGUACAUGGCAGCUAUCAAGAGUGAAAGUUGGGGCGAUAUUCCAAGUUACCAGAAGAAGCUUGUCUCCUCCCUCCCAGAGCUAACAGCACAGGUGACAGAACGCCUCCGCCGCGCCCUUCUUUCCAGCGAACGCAAGUUCAAAGUCAUGUCCGAAAUCACGCAUCUCAUCCCCCAACAUGGACAGUACAACCACAGGGGUGACAUGGGGGAGGUAAAACGGCUGAUGGAGGAGUGGGGCGUUGGGGACGACUUCGGGGCCGCCGUCAUGAAUACGUCCUAG